UUCCAAACAAACCACUUACUUUAACACUACGUUUCCGUUAAAACAAGACUCCUUGCUCAAGAACAGAGCAAAGAAAAAUGGCGGGUUCAAGUUCAACUGCACUCUCUGUUCUCUCUCCCCCUUCAGUACCCAAAACUGGUUCUUCUAAAACAGACCCAUGUAAAACUAGGGUUAGCGUUUCCAUGCGGAGAAACCCACGUUCGAUUUCGUUCGGAUUUGGCGCGGAGAGUCAAGGAAAGAGGGGAUCCACCAGGUUGAAUGCUGUUGGAUUGACGGAGAUUGAGCCCGAUAUCAAUGAAGAUCCCAAAGACCGUUGGGCAACUAACGGCGUCAGCGCCGAAGACUUUCUUUACGGCGAGUACGACGGUGCCCAUACUUAUCAUGGAGAAGAUGAGGAAGGAACUUUUUGGGGAUAUGUCGCAGAAGAUUAUGCAGCGGUUGAACCCCCUUCGGGUUUCCAGGGGUUUAUUUCAUGGCUUUUCCCCCCAGCAAUCGUUGCUGGCAUGUAUUUCCAUGCUCCGGGGGAGUACUUGUACAUUGGAGCGGCUGUGUUUACGGUGGUCUUUUGCAUUAUAGAGAUGAAUAAACCAAGCGAGCCCCACAACUUCGAACCCCAGAUAUACAAUAUGGAGAGGGGAGCUCGCGACAAAUUAAUUGCGGAUUACAACACCAUGGAUCUAUGGGACUUCAAUGAGAAGUACGGUGACCUUUGGGAUUUCACGGUGAAAAAGGAUGCCGCAGAGAUAAUGAAGAGAUAACGUUCUUAUAAAGGGCAGCAUUGUUUCAUCACAUAUCAAAAUAACGAUGGAAGAGUUGCUAUGGGGAAGAGCUGGAGGAAAUUUUCUUGGCAAAGGCUGUGGCUUCGUUUCAGUUGUGCAGAGCUGCUGGAAUGCCUUGGCAAAUUUAAGGAGGAAAGAGAAAAGAAGGGAAACAAAAUGCAUCAGAAAUUGAUCAUUGAAAGUUAAAACUUAUGAGAAUCAUUAUGGUAAGCUAUGCUGUAAAAGUCUUGUGAAUCUAUAUUGUAUAUUGCCUCCUGAAAAAGCUAAAGAAUCAUUUGGUAUGGUAUAAUUUGGUAGAUUUUUUUUGUUUU